GCAGUGAGUGCCAUUAUGAGUCGGAUGGACGUCGAGACCCACAAUCACUUUGAGAGCCAAUGUCCAUCUAAAAUGUCGUCAGCAGGCGCCGUCCUCCUGGAGGCGCGGCCUUUCAGGCCGUUUAAGUCCUCCGAGGAGUACCUGUACGCCAUGAAGGAGGAUUUGGCUGAAUGGUUGACAAUCCUCUAUCCCGAGCUUAGGAUUAAUGCUGACAAUUUCUUGGAUAGAUUGGAUACUGGCGUCGCUUUAUGUCGGCACGCCAAUGCCGUCCGUGAGUCCGCCCGCCUGAUCCUCGACUCUCCAGCCCCAGAAUCUGAAGAUGCCCUCACCCUGGCCAAGGCCCUGCGCUCCAGACCCCCAGUCAACAUGCUGCCUGCCGCCAAAGCUGGCACUUUCUUCGCCAGAGACAACCUAUCUAACUUCAUCGACUGGUGCAGGAGAGCACUUGGAAUUUUGGAGUGUCUUCUCUUUGAAACUGAUGAUUUAUGCUUGAGAAAAAAUGAGAAGCACGUAGUUUUAUGUCUCUUGGAAGUAGCGAGGAAAGGAGCGGUUUUAGGAAUGCCGGCUCCGCUGCUAGUUCAAAUGGAGAAGCAGAUAGAGAGAGAACUAGCAGGAGAGGAGCUAAGACCUGAUGAUAAUGCGCUGGGAUUGGUUCCCGUUGGACCACAGCCGCAGCUGGUGACGAAUGACUUGAGGAGUUUGGAUGAGAGGGUGAGGGACUUGGUGGAGAGGUGCUCGUGUCCCACGCAAUUCCCGAUGGUGAGGGUGUCGGAGGGGAAGUACAGGAUUGGGGAUACGAGGCUGCUGAUCUUCGUCAGGAUCCUCCGCUCCCACGUGAUGGUCCGCGUCGGCGGCGGCUGGGACACCCUGGCCCACUACCUGGACAAGCACGACCCCUGCCGCUGCCGCGCCCAGCACCGCACCUCCCUCUCGGCCCGCCUCGCCCGCCCCAAGCAGGACCUCGCCGGCGCCACCGUCACCUACGAACGACCAGACCCUUACCAACAAAAAGAACCUACUUCUUUACAGUACUCCCAGUACUCCAAAUUCUACAACGAUGACUCCAGAGCACACUAUCAGAGUAACAACAGACUUGACGCUCCAACCAGCUUACCUUACUUAGGAGAAUUAGAAAGAGCUGCAUCACCAAGCAGAAAACACUUAACUCCACGCGCGAAUAGCCCUGGUCGAAAAUCCUCCUCACCAGAUCGGAGAACAAAGAUUGUAGUGUCUAAUCAUUUGGUACCAACGCCUCAUGCUGUAAGAAACAAGAGUCCAAGACCAGUAUCUCCAGCACCAGCGGCUGAGAGCGCGUCUGAUAAUGGGUCUGAGGUGUCGGAUGAGGGUUAUAGGAGCUUGGGAGUGGUGGCUGGAUCGACACAAGGAUCGCCUUCGACUAAAACGACGAAUCGAUAUUCCAUGCACAGCCAGAAUUCGUAUGAUGACGCUGAAUAUAGUGAGCGUCUCGACCAAGACGACGGCUGUCACAUGGACCGCGACCGUGUCGACGACUACGUCAGCCUGAACACCGGCCUGCGCAAGACCGGCUACGCUGACACCUUCUACGGAGGCAAGAAACCCUCCUCUAUCGAGGACAAGUCCAACAGGACCAGCCCCGAGCGCAUUGUCGUCGUAGAAAGCAACAACUCACCAAGCAUGAGCCUUCGAGCCAGCAGAGAUGUCGAACCCAAGAAAACGCUCCGCAGCCGACCCCCCAGCAGGAUCCCACAUUCACCCGUCCGGGCCAGGACGCCCAGCCGCGGCAAUACCCCCAGCCCUAAACACACAGCCAAUGUACAGACUUCACCUAAACUUACUCCAAAGUUACCACCAACAGCUAGAAACACUUGGAGCGGACGCACUGCCCCUAAUCAAGCUAAGUCUAAAGCCAGACCGACUAUUGGCGCUGAUACCUUCGAUAAUCCUAACAAAUCUCCCAAAGCAAGGCCUAAAGCCGCUCCUCAGAAUGAAGCAUUCAAGAGAAAUUCCCCGCUUAGAGCUAGCAGCGUCACUCUCCGCUCUCCACCGAAUCAAAAGCCUCUAAGUCCUUUGCUAGAACAUAUCUUAAGGUCUACGGAAACUGCUAAAGAUGAUGCCACAGUUUUGGAAAAGAUGAAGGAGAUCAUCAGAACGUAUUCAAAAGGAGAAGAUUCUUUAUCCAGGACGAGUUCUAAAGACUCAGAUUACGCUGAUUUCACUUCAGCGUGGGUAAUGUCUGAUGGGAAACUGGAGAGGUCGACUAGUACGAGGCAGUUGGCUGCCCCGAGGAAGGAUCCAAGGAACGGAGCCUCCAGGAUCCCAGCUCCUGUGUCAAUAGGAUGCCGGAGGUCCACUUCCACUUCCUAAUUUCAAUGACAGGAGUCCCAGGAUAGUGAGCUCAGUGACAAAUAAAGACUGAAUGCCGGUGAAGGGUUGUGAUGGUUCAUGUCAAGUGAUAGAAAAAGUUCCGUUUAUGGCAAUAAUUAGAGUGUAUUUGGAAGACGAUUUCGAAGGUUUUUGAACGGCCUGGCAUAGUAGCUAUAAUUCAAGGCUCACGCCUGUUAUGUAUAACAUAUAUCUUUUCUAUUUAUCGAAUAUAGCGUAGUCUAUCAGUUAUACUUAUCUAUCCAUAUCUUUUAUGUGUAUUAGUUGUAUUGGUAAUGUUUAGAUAUUGUCGUGUUUUUGAAAAUUUUCUAAUGUCGUCUAAUUGAUGUUCAUCUUUACACUUAAAAUGUAGUAAAUUUACACUAACAUAAAAGUAACAUCAUAGUUUAUUUAAAGAAGUACGGCUUCUUGAUAUACACUGGUUCGAAUGGAGCCUAAUAUUAUGUAAACUUUAUAUUAAGAUGACCUAUUUUUCUCUUUUGACACUCAUUUAUUGGCUUCAAAAAUUAUUGUGUAAAAAUGUGUCAAUAUGGUUAUUGUAUUUACACACCACUUUUCAAUGUAAAUUGGUCAUCACAAUCAUUAUUGAUUUCUAAUUUUCCUUGUGAGGUAAACUGAGGCUAUUUCGGCUGCGAGUGGGAAAUCAUUUUCGUAAUUUUGUUGAAAAGAGACAUAAUUCCAGCUUCAAGAGCUGGUUUAUCUUUACAAAGAAAAUAAUGAAAUAAUAUAGGUAAAGACAUUUUUAAUAACACUAGAUGUAACUUAACAGAUUAAAGUUUAGAGGCAUUAGAGUUACUAACGUUAGAUUGUAAUACUUUUGCUAAAGACCAUGAAAGCACCAGAACAAACCAUUGUGCUAAAUGUAAGCCAAUAACAACAUUUAUAAAAAUGACACUUUCUGAAUAGUGUCAUUCUUUCAUAAAAAAAUAUACAUGAGAUUUAGGGUGAGUUCUGGUGUUAAAUAAUAUGGUCUUAUAUAACGUUACGCGGGUCGAUUCACAAAUAGCGACAAAAGAUGGUGCUAAUUUUAAUUUUAGGUUAAAUAAAAUAUGGCAAGUCCCAGUAAUCCCCAUCUUGUACGACAAAACGUAUUUUGUACGGACAUAAACACCAUUAUAGAUUAUUGACAAGUGAAAUACUUGUGUGCAACCAGUGUCAGUAAACUUGUUAAAGUUAUAUCGUUUGAGCAUUUAAUACAGGUAUUAAAAGCAUAUUAUGCUUGCCUUGUUCAGUCGCCAUCAGAUAUAUCGGAGCGGCCAAGGUGCUCACAAAUAUCUGAACACGCCUCUAUUGUGAAGGCGAUAGAGUUCGCAUUCAGAUAUUGUGAACACGAUGGCCGCUCCGAUAUAUCUGAUGGCGAAUGGAUGAUGCUUUGCGACUCUGACAUAGUUUGCAGGUCUAUGGUUUUCUUGGAGACGUUCGAGUCCAAGAUGGAAAGUUAACAUUUUAUUUUCAAGUAGAAAAUUAUUCAACAGAGAUUUUAUUUUAGUUCUAAGUAUACGAUAAUCGUCGCCCAAUAAAAUUAGUUGUAAAAGACAAGUUUUAAAUAAGUUUUUAGUUAGAAAUGUCAUUUUUUUUAGUUUUUUAUUGGAGACUAAAAUGGACCCGGUUGAUUAACAAAAUUAACAUAGUAUUUAUUGAGAAAUGAGCAUUUGGUAAGCAUUUAUCGGCGAUCAUUCCAAUUUACCGGGAAAUCUUUGAUUUUUUUUUCAAAAAGUAAUCUCAUGUUUUGUCUGUAACUGUAGUUUUUGUAAGCGACAUAAAUGCACUAUUUGUAACUCAGUUUUUUCGACAAAUUAUUUGCAUAAAUAGAAUGAAAAUAAAGAAAAAACAACUAUAAAGUGAAUUAAAUUCUCAAGGGACGAUGUGAAAAAGGCGGGAAUGCGUAUUGACCGUGCAAAAUUGGUCGGAAAUAAGUUUUAAAGCUUUGACCAGUGUAAAUGUAUUAUACGAGAAAUCGUAUUAAGCGGGUACAUUUGUAACAUUAUCGCUUAGAAGAACUACAGCCCGAUUGUACAUAGGUUGUGAAUUAGCAGUUGGUGGUUAGGUUAUAUGGCAUUGAACUAAAACAUCCAAAAUCGUACCUCAUCUAGUAUACCAAUAAAAGAGUACCUAUUUUUUCACUCGCUUGUAGUGUAGACUGUGUAGACAGCUUAGCGACUUGAUAAUAUAAAGGUUCUAAUUGCAUUGAAAUUGGAAACAAAAUAUAAACCAACGUGUCGAUGUAAAAUUUUAAAUUGUAGGUACCUUAAAUCCGAAAUAUUAAACUUAAAAGUGCCGUUUCUCAAAAAAAUAUGCCUAUGUAGGUUCCCAAAAACUCAAACACAAUUAAUUAAUUAAUGUUUAGGUUCGAAAAUGUAAGAAAAACAAAUGUAAUAUAGAACCUUUAUAUUUGUCACGCAAUAUAGCCAUGCCAUAGACCGUCCAAAAUUAAUAUUUUUGGAAAAAAGAACUUAUCUGGAAAUCACUUUUGGUGAAACAAAGACACAUAAUUAAUUAAUAUUAUGUAUAUGAUGGGUUUUUGUUUUAUCAAAAAAAAAAAACAAAUUGUAUAUACCUACCUAGUAAUUCACUGUUUCUGAUGCUUCUUAAUUAUGUAUGUUUCAUUCUAACUUGUAAGGAAUAUUCAAAAUAAUUGUACAUUUGAUAAAAAAGUGACUUAAACCUUAGUUCAGUUUCAACAUUAUACCAAACUAAAACUUUUUAGAUUCAUUCACUAUUUUAUAAUCUGUGCAAUUAUUUUUUUAAUCAUGCUUCUAAAAGCUUGAUCAAGAUCGCUUCUCUCUGUCCAAUUAUAGGCAUCGCUUAACGUGCGAUAGAGACAGAAGCUUUCGCAAACUAUGCUAAAAUAGUAUAUUGAAUAAGUUAGAAUUGGAACUGCUAUUGUUAAUUAUAUAUAAACCACCAGGCUAUUCUAUGCUUCUACUGUAUACUACAUUUCUGCGCACUCUGGAUUCCGCUUACAACGACUUAAAAUGUAUAACUACGUGCAAUAAGUUUUUAUGUUAAUGUCUCUAUACAAUACAUAUAAGGCUAUUUGAUAAGUAUUAUGUGUUAAAAUGUAAGACUAAACAUGAAAAAAUGGCUUGAAAUGUUUAAAAUAUAAGUAUGUAGGUACUUCAUACUUCAUACUUAUUAUAUACUUAUUAAUAUUUCAUACUUACCUACCUAGGUACUAGGAUCUAGGUAUGUCGCUAAUUUGACACCUUACAUUUUUUUUAUCGGAACAGAAUUCAAAUGUUCGUUGUGAGCGGAUCCACAAAUUCUUGGGUUAUAACUUAGUUAUGGUUGAGAAAAUAGAGUUAUAACUAAUGAACUAAAAUCUAAAAUCGAUCAGAUAAAUAGUUACUUAAAUACGUACUAGAUGGCGCCCAAAUAGGCCCGAAUUUAAGAGACUCACGAGCCCUCCGCCAAAAGGCCGCUCCCAGGUUACACUCUCAUUUUAGAACGACAUGCUUAAAUUAAGCAAAUUAAUGUUAAGGGAGGCGUAGACUAGCAACUUGCAUGCAAUUUACGUUACAUUGCCGACUACUGAGGUAAACUCUAUUCAAAAGUUUGAUCAGGUACCGCAAUGUAAUGAAAAAGGCAUGCAAAUUCUUGCUAGUCUAAACCUCACUUUACAUACAGAACUACUACGGGGAUGGCCACAUUUGGCGGUCGGUUCGUGUCAUUCUUAACGGGCAUUGAAAAGCCCCAUCUAGUGAGAUUUUUAAGCACGAUAUUUUAGUUUAUCAGAAUUUUAUUGUAACUCUAUAAUCUCUGGUUUUGGUUAGUUUAUUGCUAGAGGCUAAGUAAGACUUAGUUGCUUCCUGGUCGUUACCACUGACAAUGCCAUAGACAUUCGUUAUUCUAUUUCACUGAAUAAAGUUGAUACAUGAUAAAAA